UUUUUCGUUCGGCGAAGAUCAUUUAUGUUUUGCCAUGAUAUUUUACUUACAAAGAGAUAAUCAAGAAAUUGAUCCUUUUUAUCUGAAUUAGUCAAUCCGCAAUUCUCGUGUGUUAUGUAUCGUUUUAUCAAUCAGCAAUUAUGCCCAAUAGCGUAUAUUUGUCAAUUUGUAUUAUUAAUUGUCCGAAGCGUAGCGAAGAACUAUUUAACAUAUUUAACCCCUGUUUUUGUCCCUGUCACAAUCGACAAUUUUAUUUCCUUUUUUUUUGAAUAUGUAUCACGAUUUAUGUAACAUUACCUAUUUGACCCCUGAAAUAUGCCACAAUGCAACGCGAAGGACUUGAACGGUUUCCAUUUUCCUAGUAUGUAUUAAAAUAUGGAGCUACUGGCGCCAAAUAAAAAAUUUAUAA